CAAAGGGGAACACUCAAUUAGAGGAGAUGAUUCAGAGAGCAUUAGGGGUAACAGCUGUUGCCCAAACAUGGACUCUAACACAUUGAUAUUAGGUACCUUAAUGGCUCCCAAGAGUUCUGAAUGGAAGGUUCUAGAAGACCUCUGCUUGGUCCUCAAGCCCUUGGACAUUGCAUGUCGCACUCUUGCUAGGGAGGCCUUCCCUUGUCUGUCCCUGAUCAAGCCCAUUUUAACUGGCCUGCUGUCCCGCCACCUCGUUCCCCAGCCGGGAGACUCCUCAGCCAUCUUGAAGGAAGUGAAGAAGAUGAUUUGGUGUAACUUGGCGAGUUCUUAUGAUAUCCCAAUUGUGAACAGGGCUCUGUGUGUGGCGUGUGCCCUGGAUCCACAGUUCCAUAGCCUGGGAUUCAUGGAGGAGCAGACAGACACAUAUAACUGGCUGAAGGAAGAGGCGAUCAGGAUGGUUAAGAAGGACAAAAGGCACAGCCAGGCUGCAAAGCAAAGCCGAAAUAAGAGAAGCUCCUCUCCUUUGUCAUCAGAGUCGGAGGAAGACUAUAUCCGGAGGAGCAAACGGCUGAAAGAUGUGCCUCCCAUCAACUUCAAAGAACUAGCAGAUGUUAUGGAUGAAGGGGGCGAUUUGGGGGAGCUGGAAGAGAAUGAGACCACAGAUUCAGGCUUGCACACAGGACUGUCUGGUAUGGAGUUUUUACUUGGCGACCUUUUUGGCUCCACCCAUCAGUGCAGGCAGAGCUCUGUGGAGGAAUUGUUGGACAUGGAAAUAUCAGGCUUCAGAGCUGAUAAGGGUGCCUCACUGGGAGUGGAGCCACUGCAGUGGUGGAGGGCCAAGGAAGGACAGUUCCCAUUGCUGGCCACAGUUGCACGGGCCUACCUGGCUGCCCCAGCAGUUGCUGGCAACGCAGCACAAGGCUUUUUGCAGGAAGAUGAACCAACCACUUCAAGAAAGAGGGCCACCAUUCCACCAGAGAUUCUGGAUUGGAUCUUGUUCCUGCAUCAUAACCGCAUGCCUAUUACUGUUUUGAGGCAGCCAUCAAAUAUAAAAGAAGAAAGUAUGUAUUAGAGAAAUGGUCAGGCAGGCUGUCCUGACAAUUAACAGCCU